AUGCGUUCCAAGAAUCUUUUCAAGGCAGCUUUGCUGUCUUCCGCUGUUUCCGGCGGCGUCUGCUCGAGUACGGACGGUCCGGCUGACAACCUGGGUUUGGCAAAUGGCUCCCUCAAAUUCACCACUGCCCACUUCCAAGUGGAGCUGGUUCGCGAUGCCCAAGUCCUCGUCUCUCUCAAGUUGGCAGAUGGCUCUUUCGACUUUUUGCCACGAGACGUCCUGUCCCACCGAACCGGCAAUGGCCAAUAUCACUGGGGUGACGUGACCUAUCGUUACCGCGAGACGGGCUCGAAGCUGUGGAUUGACGGCGACUCUGCUGCAUCUCGAAAACCCGUCAAAAACCUCCUUCGUGGAAACAGGGGCGACCUCACAGGUGCCGAAUUGGGCCCGUCGCUGCCAUCCAGCCCGCUCAGGAUCACUCGCCAGUGGUCCGAUCUGUCUGGCGACCUUGGCCUGACCUUUGCCAUCCGCAAUCACGGCAAAAAGGACGUUGAGCUCGGCAGCCUUGGCUUUCCCGCAGAGUUCAACAGCAUCUUUACCGGAAGAUCUGCCCAGAACAUGCUCUCGACGUGCUCCCUUGCCGAUCCGUACAUUGGCAUGAACGCCGGGCAUUUGCGCGUGACGCCCAUCAGCGGAACGGGACCGGCCCUCGUCGUCACUCCCAUUGGCGACACGCCCAUGACGGCUUAUCGCAACCUCAUAGAGCCAUUCUUUAACGACACCGCUUACGGAAGCCGGACGUUCGAAGGCUUUUACGAAUGGCAAGUCCUCACCAAGGCUUGGGCGGAAAACGAGUGGAAGGGCGCCGAGCCGUGGAAUGAACCUACUGCCAGGGUUCUCAAGCCGGGUAGCUCAUACACGUUCGGCCUGAGAUUCAGCCUAGCCGCCGGCGGCGUUCGAGACAUGGAUCGAGCCGUGCGCGACAGCGGCACGCCGAUUGCCCUGGGUAUUCCCGGAUACAUCAUCCCCCAGGGCGAGCCUGCACAGCUCGUCCUGAACGCGCCGUCCGAUGUGGAUUACACCUUUACGGCACCUGGAAACGCCGUCACAGUCACUCAGGUCAAGCCGGGAACCUACCAAGUCACGCCACGUGCCAACACGUUUGGCCGGGUACGAUUGACCAUCCGUUACAAAGACGGAAAGUACCAGACUGUGCAUUACUUCGUCACAAAAGCCGGCAGCACGGCAGUCGCAGACAUGGGCAAGUUCCUGACAACAAACGCCUGGUUCAAAGACACCAGUGACCCAUUUGGACGAGCCCCGUCCUUCAUGACCUACGACUAUGUGGAGAAAAAAAUCGUGCUGCAAGAGGAGCGGCCCUGGAUUGCUGGCCUCAGCGAUGAGGGUGGUGUUGGCGCGUACCUAGCCGUAGCAGCAAAGCAAGCUAUUCAGCCUAAUGCCGACGAGAUUGAGAAGCUGGAAGAGUUCGUCGCCCAGGUUGUCAUUAAGAAGAUUCAAACCGAGGCGCACGCUGUCCGAAAAAGUCUCUUCUUCUACGAGCCCAGUCAGGUUCCGGGGUACACCUACCGCAAGGAUAUCAACUGGGACUCGUGGUCAACGUGGAAUAAGGCUGAGGCGUACUCCACUAAGCGCGCGUACAACUACGUCCACGUUGCGGCCCUGUACUGGUCUUUGUACCGGGCUGGAAGGGCGUAUCCAACGGUCCUUCGACAACAGAAUUGGAACUGGUAUCUUGAACAGGCGUACCUCACCACCAUCCGAAGCAUGCAGUCCGAUGUUGACUUUAACCGCUUGGGACUCAUGGGAGAGACUGUGUUUGGCGAGAUUCUCAAAGACCUCUCAAGGGAAGGCUUCUCAGAGAAAGCGACCAAACUAAACGAGUCUAUGCAAUCCCGAGCGAACCAGUGGAAUGCCGAGUCAGUUCCGUUUGGUGUGGAUAAACUGUGGGACUCGGCUCACCAAGAAGGCGUCUAUUACUGGUCCAGACAUUUCAAGCUAGACGCAACCGCGUCGAAAACUCUCAACAGCGUGUUGGGGUACGUGCCGACCGUGCCUCACUGGGGAUGGAACGGAAAUGCCCGUCGGUACUGGAACAAUAUCUACGCUGGUAAGAUGCCGCGCAUUGAGCGCCAGAUCCACCAUUACGCGUCGGCCCUCAACUCCCUCGUCCUCCUAUCCGCCUUCCGAGACAAUUCCUCGGAUACAUACCUCCUGCGCGCGGGAUACGGAGGCGUCAGCGGCCCUGUGUCCAGCAUCCACCAAGACGGUUACGUCGCAGGCUCGUUCCACUCCCAUCCGGACACGCUCCAGUGGGAUGGAAUAACCGGCGACUACGGCCCCGGCUUCCUCGGCAUGGCUCUCGGCAUAGGAACUUUUAUCGUUGACGACAAGACGUGGGGCCGGCUGGUAUUCGGUGGCGUCGCGCAGGAAAAGGACGGCGAGGUAACAGUUCGCACUACUGAUCCCGUGCGCAGACGCGUCUACGUGGGGCCUCUGAACCUGCAGCUGGAGAUAGAUGCGGGCAUUAUACAGAGCGUCAUCUACGGCACCAGCAAGAGAAGCCUGAAGCUGGUGCUGACUCAAAUCCCAGAGGCGGCCAGCACCAACGAAGCAGUGCUGUGGGUGUCGGGCAAUUGGGCGCUGGCGGGACCGGACGCGGUCCGGCGUCGGGGAGGAUGGGUCGUGAAUUUGGAGGACCCCCCUAAAGCUCCAGGGUCGAACAAUGCUGGGUCGAACAAUGCUGAGUCGAAGAUGGCUUCUCAGGCCAGUGGCGGAAAGGUCCACGUUGUUGAGUUGAAGCCGCAGUGA